ACUUCUUUCCUGACCCACGUGUAGGUACCAAACCAAUGCACGCACGUACGAUACGUUCAGGGCCGGCGCAUAUUCAGACUCGACCAGACACAGAUCGGUGAAAUCUCAGUGACCAUGUUGCGUUUACCAGCUGUCAUGAGGCCCCUGUUGACCAGGGCUAUAGCACCAUCUUCUUCCUAUGCUGCUCCUACAUUGACACGUUGCUAUGCUAAGGACAUCAAGUUUGGUGCUGAGGGAAGAUCACUGAUGCUGGAAGGAGUAGAUCUCCUUGCUGAUGCAGUGGCAAUUACGCUGGGACCAAAGGGGCGCAAUGUGAUCAUCGAGCAGAGCUGGGGGAGCCCCAAGAUUACUAAGGACGGAGUUACCGUCGCUAAAUCAAUUGAGCUGAAGGAUAAACAAAAGAACCUGGGAGCUAAGCUGGUCCAAGAUGUAGCUAACAAUACCAAUGAGGAGGCUGGAGACGGCACCACCACUGCAACUGUCCUCGCUAGAUCCAUUGCCAGGGAAGGCUUUGAGAACAUCAGCAAGGGAGCCAACCCUGUAGAGAUCCGCAAAGGAGUCAUGAUGGCAGUGGACUGUGUGGUUGAUGCCCUCAAGAAACUCUCCAAACCUGUCACUACCCCAGAGGAAAUAGCACAGGUGGCAACCAUUUCAGCCAAUGGGGACCAAGCCAUUGGUGACUUGAUAUCCCAAGCCAUGAAACGUGUGGGUCGUGAUGGAGUUAUCACUGUCAAAGAUGGCAAGACACUUCAUGAUGAACUAGAAGUGAUAGAAGGGCUCAAGUUUGACCGAGGCUAUAUCUCACCCUACUUCAUCAACUCUCCCAAAGGCCAGAAGGUGCACUUUGAAGAUGCCCUCCUCCUCCUGAGUGAGAAGAAGAUCUCCAGUGUCCAGUCCAUUGUACCUGCUCUUGAGCUAGCUAAUGCUCAGAGGAGGCCAUUAAUUAUCAUUGCUGAAGACAUUGACGGGGAAGCACUUAGCACGCUGGUUCUAAACAGGUUGAAGGUUGGCUUGCAGGUAGUGGCAGUCAAGGCCCCAGGCUUUGGAGACAAUAGGAAAAACCAGCUGCAUGACAUGGCUGUUGCCACUGGAGGACUGGUGUUUGGAGACGAAGCCAUGGAUGUCAAGAUUGAAGAUGUACAAAUUCAGGAUCUUGGUCAGAUUGGUGAAAUCACAGUCACUAAAGAUGACACCCUAAUACUCAAAGGCAAAGGGGACCGAGAAGCCAUCGAGCGCCGCAUUAAUCAAAUCAAGGAAGACAUUGAAAAUACAACUUCAGAAUAUGAGAAAGAGAAAUUUGGUGAGCGACUAGCCAAGCUUUCAGACGGAGUGGCUGUCUUGAAGAUUGGUGGAUCAAGUGACAUUGAGGUGAAUGAGAAGAAGGACCGUGUCAAUGACGCAUUGAACGCUACCAGAGCAGCUGUAGAGGAGGGCAUCGUUCCUGGGGGUGGUGUGGCCCUGUUGAGAUGUAUACCAGCACUAGAUAAUGUCAAACCAGACAACAGUGACCAAGCAACAGGAGUGAACAUUGUCCGCAAGGCACUACAGAUGCCAUGCUCUCAAAUAGCAGCCAAUUCAGGACUUGAAGGUGCACUGGUGGUUGCUAAACUGAUGACAUCUGAGACAGAGAUAGGCUUUGAUGCAAUGAAUGGCCAGUAUGUAGACAUGGUCAAGGCUGGUAUUAUUGACCCAACAAAGGUUGUGAGGACAGCCUUAGUUGAUGCAGCAGGUGUUGCGUCACUGUUAAGUACAUCAGAAGCCAUCGUCACUGAGAUUCCUAAAGAAGACAAGAUGCCAGACAUGGGUGGCAUGGGUGGUAUGGGUGGCAUGGGAGGCAUGGGUGGUAUGGGGAUGUGAGCCAUCGGUCACGAAACAUUUAGGAGAUAUUUAAAAGGUCUGUGGUUUUACCUUAUUUGUAUAAAUCAACUGUGGUCCUAGUUUGUCAGUAUCUCUCGGGGAAACGUUGAAAUGAUUGGAAUUCAAUCAAAUGUCUUAGGUUUAUCCUGUGAUAUUUUCCACUGCAAAGUCACACAUCAUUUUUUGUAUUCUGAAUAUGUAGCUUGCCUGAUGGGAUGUAUUUGAAAUGAACCCAAUAAUGCCAUCAGUUUAGACAAGUUGUUCCCAUGAUCCUCAACACAGUAGCAUGUGUACCCAUAUCCUAGGCUUGGUUUGCAGUUGUCAAAAUGGAAAAUAAUUCUUGUUGAUAUUUCUACUCAUGUAUAAGAAAGUCAUUUUAAUGAGAAUUUUUCUUUUACCGAGGAUGGUUUGGUAAAUUUCCCAAGUUUGUGAUCCAUUCUUUGAUAUUAAAUUAAUAGUAAUGUGUAAAAUGAGGCAGAAAUGGGAAGAGCUUUAAAAGCUAAGUUUUCUCUUCCUAUUCUUAGGUUGUGAGAAAUUAAAAACAGCACAAGUCUCACAAAUUUUGCUGGGGAAAAGAUUUCGACAAUGGUUCUUUGUGUUUCAGCUUCAAUUUUUUAAUAUCACUUAUCAAUUACGAUUGAUCAAGGUUUCCACUCUAAUUUGGUGUCAGAAAAUGAAAUGGAUGGUGAACAAAUGAUAUUGGUGUCAUAAUAUUUUAGAAAGAUGUUUGAUUGACUUGUUGCCCAAGAUGACCCAGAUAUCUGACAUCUCUUACAUUUUGCAAAUUUCUUUUGCAGUCAGUUAGUGUAAUCAUCCAACAAAUGGAAAUUCAGCCACUUAUUUUUGUUUAUAGAAGCCAUGAUGCUUCACACUAUGUGUCCUCAAUAAUGUAUUGCUGAAAGAUGAGAUUAAUUGUAUUCAUUUAUUUGCACAUUGGAAAUACUGCAAGCCUUUUAUAUUGUAGUUUAUGAUGGUAUUUUGAGUUUAAUACCAUUAAUACCCUUAGAACACCUGAUAUCACAUCCACCAGACUUGGUCACUUUUUGUCAUUUGUAAUAAAUCCCACAAGAAAGCAUUCUGUUCUCAGCA